UUCAUCUCUAUGACGGUCCCAACGGCCGUCCGGGGCGCUGAGCGCGAUGAGCGAAGGCGCGGACCACGGCGGCGGAGCUGGGGCCGCGGCGUGGUCCCGAGGGGGCAGUCCCGGAGGGGAUGGUUUCGCCCCGUCGGCGCUGGGGACCCGCGAGCAUUGGGAUGCUGUCUAUGAGAGAGAACUGCAAACCUUCCAAGAAUAUGGGGAUACAGGAGAAAUCUGGUUUGGAGAAGAGAGUAUGGCUCGACUGAUAAGGUGGAUGCAAAAUCACAAGAUUCCAUUGGAUGCUUCAGUGCUUGAUAUUGGAACUGGAAAUGGUGUUUUCCUGGUUGAACUUGCAAAAUUUGGUUUCUCUAAUAUUGCUGGAAUUGAUUACUCUCCUUCUGCAAUACAGCUCUCUGGGAGUAUAAUAGAGAAAGAAGGUUUAUGUAACAUUAAGUUGAAGGUAGAAGACUUUUUGAAUCCUUCCACAGAGCUGUCUGGAUUUCAUAUUUGUAUUGACAAAGGGACUUUUGAUGCCAUAAGCCUUAAUCCUGACAAUGCAGUUGAGAAGAGGAAGCAGUAUGUGAAAUCUCUCUCCAGGGUGUUGAAAGUAAAAGGCUUUUUUCUAAUAACCUCAUGUAAUUGGACCAAGGAAGAGUUGCUAAAUGAAUUCAGUGAAGGAUUUGAACUCUUCGAAGAGCUGCCAACACCCAGGUUCAGCUUUGGGGGCAGAUCUGGAAACAGUGUGGCAGCACUGGUUUUCCAAAAAACAUGAGACUUUCUAUUGGACAAAUUCAGUUAGCUUUUUAAAGAAGCUCCACAUCAAAGUAAACCUGACACAGAAAAUGCAAGUGCAAACAAAUGUUUAGUAAGUACCCAGGAUGCACGUGUUGAAUAGAUACAGUGGGUUGGUGAAAAAAAAUCAUGAGUGUAAGUGGUUGGGUUUUUGAGAUCAACAAAGAAUACUUUAAAAUUUUCUUUUGUAUUUGAGAUGUAAAUUUUUUUUUUCUGAUUUAAAAAAAAUUUCUGUAACUUCUGAACAGUUAAAAACUUUAAAGCAGUAAAUGAAUUUACAGAAAGCAUGUAUUCUUGAUUUUUGUGCCUUGGUAAAGUUGAAUUGAAUAUAGCUAUUCGUGACGAUUUGACCAAGCUAUUCCAGGGCCAGAAAUAAUAAGCCAAACAACAUUCUUAAGGUUUUAUUAGACUAUUAGAAAACAUAAUAAGUAUAAAAUUUUGGGUUGAAUGGUGAGUUUUUAAAAAAGUUGUUUAAUACCUGAGGAAAUCCCCUAGCCUUUAUGUAUAUAAUUAAACAAAGUCAGAUAAAUGUAUCAGUUGAUUAAGAAAUAUUUAUUGAGCUUGUAUUUUGUGGCUGAAGGUCUUCUGCAAACUGUGAGGGAUAAAUAGGUAGUAGAAUGUAAAGCAGCUAAGAGUUACUGUUAAAAGCUGGCACUCUGUUAAGUUGUAUUGUCUUACAAAGUCAUUGAAUCCCCUCAAUAUCUCCUUGAGGCAUGUAUUCCUUGUUCCUGUUUCUGUACAUUGGAUGGCUAGUCAGAAUGGAGUCAGGAUUCUUCUCUGGGUCUGACUCCAAAACCUAUUCUCUCCGCCUGGCAUAUUUGCCUUCCAGGUGUAAGUCUCUGCCUUUAUGGCACUUAACUGUUUAAUUGGGAACUAGGGCUGGUACGUAGAAAAUUGUGUUAGAGAAGUUGGGCAGUUAUUUUUAGGAGUUCUGCAGCUCUUUCUUAGUGACUGUUGAUCUAUGGACUGUGAGAACAGUGAAACAUCCUUCAUUACUUUUCACCAUCUCCCUACUUGUCUUAGAAGACUUGCCUAAUCAAGAACUGAAUUGUGCCAUUCCGUGAAUAGUGGUUUAAGUUUUAUAUAUAUAUACACACACACCUUCAGGAAUAUGGGGACGAAGAUGUUCUAGUUAGGGCCUGAUUAGCAAAAGAGAAAUAGUUUAUUUAAUGUUUUUGAAAAGAUAAGGUUUAUUAAUACUUAAUGCUAUUUUGUAUUUUGGCUAGUAUUUUAAUAUUGAAGUCACAAUACAGGUUUUUUAAAAAGUGAUACAAUUUUUAUGAUUUUCAGCUUUGGGGGCCUGUUGGGUUUAAAAACGAACAGAAUUUUUGUUUGUUUGGCAAAUGUUACUCCUGUACUGAGUAAAUCUAGCAUUCAUCCUUUUUCUUUUCAUUUUUGCCCCAGAGCUGGGCAGGGGGAGAAGGGUGGUUUGAUUUAGAUCAACAUUAAUCAACCAUUAAGAUUAUUCUCUGCCUUGCACAAGUUAACUGAAGGCGUUUACAUAAACUUUCAGCACAAAUUACAUUUUUGGAAAAGCUUUAAUUUUUAACAUGUAAAAAGUGAAAAAUUAUUUUAAAAUAUAUGUGAUUUAAAUGUGUAAAAUUAUAGAUUUUAUAAACUGGACUAGGGGUCUUAAACUAUAGAAACAUAUAGUUUUAUAAUUUAUUGAAGAGAUCUUGUCUUUGUUGUUUUUUCGCAUUAAUAUUUAUUGAUUUUAA